CAAGUCUUGCGGCGCAGUCGUCGCGCUGUGGGGCUGACAGAGACUGGAUAUUGCUUGAAGGGUCGCAGCUGUGCUGUGUUAUCAGUGGCAAAACAUCUUCUCUGCGAUCGCUGCAGCAUUUCUUGGCGGCAGAGCAGCAGAACUGCGACUGCAACUCUCCAAUAUUGCCCGCGCGACGCGAUAACGAUGGGCAAAACCAAGCUCAAGCUGGCCUCCAAGCUGGCAAAGAAACGUAAAAAGCUCAAAAAAGCGCCGCCGCCCCCGCCGCCGGACCCGUCGAGCAGCAGCAGCAGCGACGACAGCAGCAGCGACGCGAGCAGCAACAGCGACACCAGCAGCGCCGGCGACGCCGCCGCGGGACGCGUCGACGAAAGGACGCCGGCGUCGAGCAGCAGCGACGACGACGACAGCGACGCGGCGCCGAACCUCUCGGGCGACGCCGAGCUCGAGGGCGUGCUCACCCUCGACGAGCGCAUCGCGCUCCUCGAGGCGGAGCUCGCGCGCGAGAGCAGCGACAGCGACAGCGACGGUAGCGACGACGACAGCGACGACGACAGCGGCGACGUCCGGCCCAAGAAGGUCGCCCGGGGCGUCCUCGCCUCGCUCGUCGACGACCGCAUCCCGCCCCUGCCGGCCCAUUUAUUACCUCAGGCGCCGCCCAAGAAGCGGCACUUCGACGGGCCGCCGCAACGAACUAAACCGGGAACGCCCGACGCGGCCUUCGCGCGCGCGUCGCCGGCCCAGCUCCAGCAGGCGCACCGCCUGGUCGACGCCUGCGCGGCGUCGGAGAAGGUCAAGCGCGAGUUGUACUGCCGCCUGUGCGCGUUUCAAGGAACCGACCUCGCGGACCUCGAGCGCCACCGGCGGUCGGACCUCCACAUGGUCGCGACGCGCGUCUGGCGCGACCGGUCCUACUGCAAGUUAUGUCGGGUCCAGACGACGUCCCCCAAUGAAUUGGCCGUGCACCUGACGUGCAAGAAGCACAAGGAACGGCUCGCCGAGGUCGAAGGA